AUGAACUGGCAACUUUUUAGGCAAGGGAAAGGUCAGUCUGUCCAAGAUUACACCCAUGAAUUCAAAAAGAAGGAUAUUGCAUUAAAUGUUCCAUUGUAUACCCAGGACAUGUUGCUUAAGUAUAUAGGUGGUCUUCAAUCUUAUCUAAGACAUUCAAUUUUUGUCUUGAAUCCUAGUAACUUAGAUGAAGUAUGUGUUCAAGCCACACACCUAGAGUUAAGAGGUAAGGGUUCUUUUAUUGAUAAGUCUGAUAAGAAGACAUCUAAGUCUAAGAAAAAAUCCCAAAACAAAGGGAAGGGGAAAAAGAUAGCUACAGUGAAGAAAGAGGGUGAAAAACCCACAUGCUCACAUUGCAAGAAAGAAGGGCAUGAUGAUUCUAGGUGCUGGAAGCUACACCCUGAAAAGAGGCCAAAGAGAUAUGGUGGAAACAAAGACAAACAAAAGACUGCUGCUAUAGUUCAACAAGAUCUUGGAUCUGACUCUGGCGAUGAGACAAAGAUCAUUGCUGCUGGAAUCCAAGGUAAAGAAAAAGGUAGAUCUCUCUCAUCAGCUACAAGUUCUUCUAAUAUAAGUGCAAGUACAAGUAAAGAUUCCACUCCUAAGAAUGAUAAGCAAAGGAAUGAAUUAUUUCAUAUUCGGGUUGUUAUCAAACAUACUAAAGUUGAUACAUUAUUUGAUAUGGCUUCUCAAGUUAACUUGAUAUCUGAAGAAAUUGUUAAAAAUCUUAACUUGACUACAAUACCUCAUCCGAAACCAUACCCUCUGGGAUGGGUUUGCAAUGAUGCACAAUUGCAAGUAACUAAACAAUGUAAGAUAAGAUUUGCUAUCACUGCAAACUUUGUAGAUGAGGUAGAAGCUGAUGUAGUCCCUUUAGAUAUCUGUAGUCUUGUACUUGGGAGUCCCUAUUUGUAUGAUCGACAUGCUAUCUUCUAUAGAGGGGAGAACAAAUACCAUCUUUUUAAAGAUAAGGUUGAAUACAUUGUAUGGGCACAUAAGGUAAAGAGUAAUCUUGCACUAGUUAAUGCUGGUGAAAUGAAAAGGUUGGUCAAUUCUAGAACCAAAAGAUUGCCUUCUAAGAGAGAGAUACAACAUGAGAUCCAAUUGCAGCAAGAUGUGCCACUUCCAAACAUUGGCAUGUACCGGUUGUCAGUCUUGCAAAAUGAAGAGAUCAAAAGGCAGGUUCAAGAGUUGGUUGAGAGACGAGUUAUUCAUCCUAGUACUUCUCCUUGUGGUUCUCCUAUUGUUUUGGUUCCAAAGAAAGAUGGGACUUGGAGAAUGUGCAUCGACUACAGGGCUCUGAACAAGAUAACGGUAAAGAACAGUACGAAGGCAAAUUUUCAGUGGGGAAGUCCGCAACAGAAGGCUUUUGACACUUUGAAGGAAAAGUUGAGCGCCGCACCAGUUCUGGCUUUACCAGAUUUACAUCAACCAUUUGAGAUCGAGACAGAUGUGAGUGGGUUUUCCAUGGAAGCUGUACUCAUGCAAGGAGAGAAAGCUUUGAAGUUCAUUCAAAAAGUCCAAGCAGUUUAUCAAGCGGUAGAAGCUCAGUUCAAAAAGAGCCAAGCCAAAUACAAGGCUCGACAUGACAAGCAUCGCAUAGAUCAUCAUUUUCAGGUUGGUGACCAUGUUUGGUUACAUAUCAGUAAGGAAAGGAUGCAAGGUGAAGGUAAGAAGCUUAAGCCUAUCAGAUAUGGUCCCUUUGAGAUCUUGGAGAAGAUCGGUACCAAUGCUUUCUGCCUUAAUCUUCCUCCAUAUAUGUAA